AUGUCUAAUCAUAAAAAUUCAACAAAUAACUAUAACUCCACGUUGAAUAUAAAUAAUGAUUAUGAUGACAAUAAUUAUGAAAUUAAUGAAAAUGAAUUAAAAGAGGUGGAAAAAAAAUUAGAAAGCUUUGAUAAUUUAGAAAACUUUAAAGAGAUGUCAAGUGAAGAUUUCAAAAACAUUUUAAACAAUGAUUCCUAUUAUAAAAAUAUAAUUGGUGAUGAUAAUAAUUCUCCAUUGAAUUAUAAAGAUGACAUUGAUGAAAAACUAUUAAAUUAUGAAAUAGAAGAGAAAAAUUAUUUUCUAAACUCAAAAGAAGGCAAAGACAAAAAAAAAUCAGAAUCAAGAUAUUCCAAAAUUAGUCUAUUAAAUGAUGAUUAUUUGUUAAGGGAUGAUAUAGAUUUAGAUGAAUUGGAUGACAAAUUAAAAAAAAAAAGAGAUAGUUUAUUAUCAAUUCGUAAUUUAAGAAAUUCUUCCAUUUUUAAUUUAAGUGUUACAGAUGAGAAUAUAAGGAAUUCUUUACAUAAUUAUGACUAUUAUAAUAAUGAUAAAUUAAAUAUUUCUUUAUCAAAAACAGAUAAUGCUUAUGAUAGUGAUUUAAUAACACCAUCCCCUUCCAAAGGGAAAAGUAAAUUAAAUGAAGAGAAUUAUGAAAUAAAUGUACACUCGGAUAAUAUAAAUAAGCAAGAACAAGAACAACAAAGAAAAAGAUCUAUUGACUUACUAGAUGAAGAAUUAGAUAAUUUAAAAAAGAAAUAUUUAUUAAGUGAUGAUUAUAAUAAUAAUAAUGAACACAUAUUAGAUGAGUAUGCAAGUGAUUCAGAAUUUUUAAAAAGAAGUAACUUAAAUAAAAAGAUUAGUAUAGAUAAAAAUUAUGGUAAUGAUGAUUCUUUAAAUAAUUGUAGAAGGAAUUCUAAUAAUAGCUUUUCCUUAUGGGAAAGCAAAAUAAAUUCAACAAGAAAAAUAAAAAUAAAUAAUGAAACACCAAAAAAAGGAAUAUUAAAGCAAAGUAAUUCUAUAUCUCCAAUUAAAAUGAUAAAUGAAAAUAUUAGUACUAGAAAAAAGUCUGUUCAAUUUUCGCAUAGAUCUGUUGCACUUUUUGAUGAAAAAGAAAAAAUUUCUCCUUUACAUUUAACUCAAUUUACUAGGAUAUCUAGUGAUUCCAAUAAAUCGGAGUUAAAAAAAAAAUCCCAAUCAAAUACUUAUAAUGCCAGUAAAGAUGUUGAUUCUCAUAAUGAUUUUAUAAGCAACGUAGAAAAUUCACCUAUUGAUAAGCUUUUAUAUAAAUCUAAUGAUAAUAACAAGAGGGUAUCAUCAGAAUCAAUACGAUUUCAAACGAAAAAAUCUAUUGAUAACAUUGAAUCUGCUCGUUUAUCACCAAUCAAAAAUGAUUUAGAACCAAAAGAUUUUAGCUUAAGACAUGAUAAUGAUUUGGAUAAGUUACUAAGUAAUGAAAUUGAUAAUAUUAAUGAAGAUUAUAUAAAAAAUAAUUUAGAUAAUGAACCUAAUGAAUUAAAUGAUUUUGAUCAUAUAAGUAAUAAAGAAACAAAUAAAUUAUCAGAUGAUAAUUUAAAAAAUAUGGAAACAAAUGAUGAAUAUUCUACAAAAGAAUUAUCUUCUAAAAUAAAUUAUGUAAAUACAUUAUUAGAAAAAAGAAUUUCAACAAAUAAAAAUAAAAAUUUUAAUAAUAAUGUUGAAUAUAAUGAACGUAAGAGUACACAUUCCAGAGGGAAUAUUGCAUCGCCUCAAGUAAAUAUGAAUAAUUAUGAAAAUAAAAUUGUUAAUAAGAUUGAAAAUGAACAAAGCAAUAAGGAAAAUUAUUUAGAUUCAUACAAAAAUGAAAAGAAACAAAUAAAUUAUGAUGAAUUAAUAAAUAAAAAUGAAGAAAUAAAAAACAGCUUAAUGGAUAAUUCAAAUAAAUUUAAAAAUAAUGAUGCUUUAUCAGAUAAUAAAAAAAAAUCAUAUAAAAAGUCGAUCGUAGAGACUGAAGAGGAUUUAAUAUAUGGAAGUUCUAACUUUAAAACCAAUAAAAAUAUAAAAGUUUCAAAUAAUAAUAAAUUUUCAAAUGAACAAUGUAAUAUUAAGGGAAAUUUGGAUGAUAAAAAAAAUAACAAUAUUAAUAAUAGCAGUUUUAAAAAAGAGAAUAAUUUAUAUAAUAAAGGUGAUGCAAGUAAUUUUAAAAAAUUCUUUGAUAAUAAAAACAAGUUAGAUAGAAAAACAAUAAAUUUUAUUGAUAAUAAUACUAAAAAUAAUAGAGAACUAAAUUCAAGAGAUAUUAAAAGUAAAAUUGUAAAUAGGAGAGCAAGCUAUAGUGUUGCUAUUAGAAAUAACACACAAACUAAUUUUAAAGGUACAAAUUCUACAGCUGGAGACUUAAAAAAUAAAAAACUAUCAAAUGAAAAAAAAGAUUUAAGUUAUCAAAGCAAUUCAAGGGAAAAAUCUCAAGUUGGUUUUAGAAAUAGAUUAAGUGUACAGGCAUCUUUAAAAAUAUCAAAUAAGCAUAUAUCUUCGAAAAAUGAAAUAGAAAAUACACAAGAAAAAGAGCAAAAUGAAACAAUUAAUAGAGAAAAAUAUGAGAUAGAAAAUCAUGAAAACGAAAGGAAAUCUAAUAAAUUUAUUCAAAACAAUGAUAAAGAAAUUUCAAAUAAAAGAGAAAUAUUGAAUAAAAAAGAUGAUAAUUAUUGUGUAAUAUCAGAAAAUGAAAAAAGAAAUGUACAAAAAGAAAAUUAUGAAGAUGAAGUGUUCUCAGAUCAGUUAUAUCAUGAAAAAUAUAAAAUUUCUAAAGCUGAGGAAAAUUUAUAUGAACAAGAAAAUUGUGAGAAAGAAAAUUACGAACAAGAAAAUUAUGAAAAAGAAAAUUAUGAAAAAGAAAAUUUUGAGAAAGAAGAUUACGAACAAGAAAAUUAUGAAAAAGAAAAUUUUGAGAAAGAAAAUUACGAACAAGAAAAUUAUGAAAAAGAAAAUUUUGAGAAAGAAAAUUACGAACAAGAAAAUUAUGAACAAGAAAAUUUUGAGAAAGAAAAUUACGAACAAGAAAAUUUUGAAGAAGAAAAUUAUGAACAAGAAAAUUUUGAGAAAGAAAAUUAUGAACAAGAAAAUUACGAAGAAAAUUAUGAACAAGAAAAUUUUGAGAAAGAAAAUUACGAACAAGAAAAUGUUGAACAAGAAAAUUAUGAGAAAGAAAAUGUUGAACAAGAAAAUUAUGAGAAAGAAAAUUAUGAAAAUAACUAUGAAAGAAAUUUAAUUAGAAAAGAAAAUAAAGAACUCUAUCAAAAAAAUUUUAAAAGUAGAAAAACUUAUUUUGAUCAGCAUAUGAAUUCUCAAAAGUUAAAUGAAGAUUCUGAUGAAUAUUAUGAUAAAAUGGAUUUAAAUACAAAUGAAGAAAAUUAUAAAAAAUUUGUUUACGAUAAUAAAAAUUAUAGAGAAUACGCAAUGAAUAAAGAUAAAAUAAAUAGAAAAAGAAAACAAAACAAUGUAAAUAAUACUAAUUUAUAUUAUGAUGAAAUUUCUGAAAAAAAGGAUUAUGCAUAUGAACAAAAUGAAGAGUUAAAUCUAUAUGAGGAAAUUACAAAUAAUAAAAAUCUUAAUUAUAGUGAAUAUCCAAGAAAUAAAAAAGGUGAUUAUACAGAAAUUGAUAAAGAUGAAAAAUAUAUAUAUGAAAACAAAGAAAAAGAAAAAAGUAAAAAUAUCAUUGAAAAUAAAGAACAUAACAUUGAUGAAGACGGAGAACAAGGAGAACUAGAAGAAAAAGAGGAAGAUGAAAAUCAAGAAAAAGAAACAGAAAAAGAUGAGGAUAAAGAGGGGAAAGGGGGUAGAGAAAACGAAAAAGAAAAUAAAAGAAUUGAACAAAAUAAUGAAGAAUAUGAAAAUGAAAAAUUACAUGGAGAAAAUGCACUAUAUGAGAGUAUUUCUAAAAAUAAGAAUUUUACAGAAGAAAAAGAAAGUAAAGAAAUAAAAAAUAAAAAAAAAGAAGAAAAUUUGAAAUUAAAAGAAAAAUUGAAUGAAAAUUUAAUAAAAAAGCAACAAACAAUUAAGGCAAUAACUUUGAAAGUUAUAAGAAGGUGUAGAAUUUAUUCCAUAAAACAAGUAAACAAUGAAGGCAAGAGCAUGAAUAAUCUAAUUAAAUUAUAUGAAAACAUUCGUAAUAUGAUAUUUAAAUUCAUAAAUAAAAUUAACAAUUUAAAUAACGUAAACACAAAACUCGAUGAUGCUAUAUUAAAAUAUGAAAUAACUCAAUUAAAUUAUAGUAAAACAAAAAAAGCAAUUGAAACAUUAAAAAAGUAUAAUUUAAAAAUUGAAAAUAAAAUUAAUGAAAAAAAAAUGUUAUUAGAAAAACAAAAUGGUGUAUUAAAUAAAAAAAAGAAAAAAAUUGAGUUAUUAACAAAUGAAUUAAAUAAUUUAAAAAAUAUAUAUGAUAAUGGAUCUGUGAGAAAACAAGAAAUAAAUUUAAUAAAAAUUUAUAAAGAAAAAAUUGAGGAAUUAAAAAAUAUAGAGAUAACAAAAGGAUUUCUAAUAAAAAAUAUUAAUAAAUAUGGUAUUAAUUUUGAAUUAUUAAAUUUCAGUUAUUACAAUUUUUCUACAUUAUAUGAUUAUAAAAAUUUGGAUACUUUUUUUUCAAAAGAAGACAAUAUAAGUGAAAAUAACAACACAGUAACUAAUGUAGAAGAUUCAGAUAAGAAAAAUGAAAAAUACAACUCUAAUGAAGCCAGUAUGCUAAUAGAACAAAUUGAUUUUAAUAAAAAAGGAAAAUUUUUAAAAGAAAUAAGUAAUUUAUAUAGCAACGAGGAAAAUCAUGAUAAUGAAAAAAGAACUGUUUUAAUAAAAAACAAUAUGCUUUCUUUAAAUAACGAAGCCAAUAUAAAAAUAUCUGAUAUAAAUGAAUUAUAUAAAAAAGAAUUUAAAUCAAAAAUUCAUAGAAGAACUAAAAGAAAAACAUUCCUAAAAAAUCAAAUAUCAGAGGAAGAUUUAAAUUGUGAAUGGCCAUAUAAUAUAACAGUAGAUAUAAUAUUUUCCAAUAUAUAUAAACAAAAGCAAGAAAUGGAUAAUUUCAAUAUUUCUUCUCCUUUGAAAAUUAAAAAUAUGAAGCAUUUAAUAGCAAAUAAAAUGCAUUUAUUAAAUAAUGAAAAUGAAGAUAAUAAAAAAUAUUUGAGUUUGUUCAGACCAUAUAAGAUAUUAAUUGAUUCUUUUAAAAAUUUUAAGGAUAUCAAAAUAUCAACAUAUUAUAAAUAUAUAAAUAAUGAGAAUAUGUAUUAUCAUAUAUGGAAUAAAAAUUAUGAUAAAGAUAAAUAUAUAAUUCAAAUUAAUAAUAUUAAUUUGAAUAAUAAAAAUAAAAAGAGAAAAUCCACCAAUUUACUAAUUAAAAAUAUAGAAAGCUAUUCUUAUUAUUGUCAUGAUAAUUAUUUAGGUGUAGAAUGGAAAUUACAAUUAGAAAUAGUUAAAUAUAAAUUAUUAGAGGUUAUAAAUAAAAAAUUACAAAAAUAUACAAAUAAAGAAGGAAAAAAUAAUAAUAACAAUAACAAUAAUAAUAAUAAUAAUAAUAUUAAUAAUAAUGAUAUAAGCACAGCUAAACCUAAUAAAGAAGCAUUGAAAUAUUUAAUUGAAGAAGUGGAAUACUCUUUUUUUAUAUUAAAUCAUAUUUUGUUUCAGUAUAAACAAUUAUUAAAAUGCUUUUUAUAUUUAUCUAAUACAUAUUUUGAAUAUUAUCAAAAUAUAGUUAUUUUUAAAACUAUUGUUUUGUCAAAUCAAAUUAGUAACCAUUCCUUUUGGCUCUAUUUAUAUAUAAAUUUAGAAGAAUCUUUUACAUUUGCUUCUUUGCUUCAUGGUAUUGUAGAAGUAAAAAUAGAAUGUGUUGAUGAAGAAGAUAAGUAUAAUGAAGAAUGUAAAUCUAUCAAUAAUAAUAUCAUGAAAAAGUUACAACAAUGUAUAUUUACUCUUAAAUCAAGGCCCUUAGAUAUAUCAGAAAGAAUUAAUUCUUUUAAUAUAGUUGAUAUUAUAUAUGCUAUUUUCAUAAAUGAAAAUUAUAACUUUAAUAGCUAUCAGAAUAACGUGGAAGAAAAUUUAAAAAAAUUGAAAUCAUGUGAAAAUUUCAUAAAUGAAAUAAUAGAUAAAAAAAUUGUUGUUCCUAUAGAAAUAAAAAAUAGUAUUAAUAAAUUUGGAGAUGAUCAAAAUUUAAAAAUUUUUUAA